AUGGAGAAGCCAAAUAUAGGUGAAACAGAUAGAAAAUGUAAAAGGAAAAAUAUGAUAAUAGAGGGAAUUUUCUAUAAUGUAAAAAAUUUAUUUCCAAAAAAUAAGCUUCAGUAUACGUAUAUAAAUAUUUUUUUGUUAUCUCUUUUUUUUACAUUUAUACACAAAUAUCUUGAACAGACAUUACCAUCAUUAUAUAAAUCGAUUGAAAAUGAUUUUAAUACGGAUGUGAAAACUUUGUAUUAUAUGAAUACAAUUUAUAAGUUGGCAUAUUCAGCUUCCAAUUUUUUCUUUGCAGUAUAUUUUGAUUAUGCAUUUAAAAAAAUAUUUUGUCGUAAAUAUGAAAACGAAAAGGUUGAUUUAAAUGAUACUCAUUAUGAAAUAAGUGUUAAAAAUGAAGAUGAGUUUGCAGAGAGUGUUAAUUUAAUGGAUGAAAUUAGUUUGCAAACAAAUGAGAAAAAUUCAGAGUUAACUCAAAGUAAUAAAACAGAAACUUUAUAUAAUGAUAUAAACAAUACCAGAAAUUCAUUUAAUAGAAAUGAUGAAGUAACUAUCAGAGGAUAUAAAUAUAUUUUAUAUAUACUGAUCAUAUCAUCUAUAACAUAUUUAAUAGUUAUAAUGGGUAUAAUGCUUUCUAGUAAUUUUAUUUACUUUUUUUUUUUUAUGUUUGCAAUGGGUAUUAAUAAUUCAAGUAUAUAUAUAUUAAUACAAAAAAUAUAUACUAAUAAUGUAUAUAGCGAAAACAGAAGCACUAUUUUUGGUUUUCUUCAUUUUUUUUCAUCAAUAUCUCAUAUGUUGUCUGUCUCUAUAAAUACAAAUUUAAGUAAUAAAUUUUAUUAUGGUUUUAAGGGUUGGCGUAUAUGUUAUUUUAUAAUUUCUUUUUUCCCAUUCGUUGUUUGUAUAUUUUUAUUUAAAUUAAUUAAACAUAAUAAAUUAAGAGCUGAUAAAAGCAAACAUGCUAGUAUGAACUGCUUCGUUUCUUUUGAUGGAUUAACAGAGAUAAGUAAUGAAAAUAAUAAUGACAAUUACUUAAAGAACUUUAAUAAAUCAUCUUUUAGUGCUUCAAUCAAGAAAGAAGAAGUACAUUUAUCUGAUUUAGAACAAACAUUUUGCAAAAAUGAUAUUUUUAAAGAAAAUUAUGAAGAUUCUUUUGAAAUGAAAAAUUCAUACUGUGGUAGUAAUAAUUUAAAUGAAACUAAAGAAAUUUUAAGUUAUGAUGAAAAUGAUUCUUAUCCCAGUAAUAUAAAUAAGCCUAGUUUAAUAAAUAAUAAUACAAACAUAAGUAAUGAUUGUAAUGACAAUGGUAUAAAUUGUAAUAGCAAUAAAAUAAAUAGUAACAUUAUUAAAAGAAAUAUUAUUCAUUUUGAUUAUAAUGAAGAUAAUGUAAAACAAUACCACAAUAAGAAUAACUUAUGUAAUAAUAAUAUAAAUAAUUCAGGAGGUAGUUUUUCUAUUGGUUUAUCGUCAAAUAAUAUACUGAAUGAUAAAAAAUAUUUACAUAAUAUAACUGAAAAAAAAGAUGUUUCUCCCUUUUUUACAAAUGAGAGUGGAGAAAAGGAUAAAUUAGAACAGAAAGGAGAAAUGGAUAAAUUAUUAGAAAAAGAAGAAAACGAAAAAAAGAAAAAAUUAAAAUAUGAAUUUUCAUAUAUAUAUGAAGUAAAAUAUGUUUUUAAAAAUUAUAGUUUUUGGUUGAUGAUAACAAUGGGAAUGUUAAAUGGAAUACCAAAACAUGUUCUAAGUCUAAUGAUAUAUUUUUUUCAGUAUUGCAAUAUAUCUGAUUUUAAAAGUGGUUUUAUUAUAUCAGUAAGCUGGUUGUGUGCAAGUUUAAUAUCUCCAUUUAUUGGAAUUAUAAGUGAUUAUAUCUACAAAUUAAAUAAGGAUAUAAAUCGCCAAUUAAUAGGAAUGUGUACUCACUUUUUUAGAAUUAUUUUGAUGUUUAUUUUAUUUUUUUUUAUACCAAAAGAGGCAGAAUCGUUUAUAUAUUUUGUAAUUAUUUCUUUAUUUAUGGGUGUAUUAAGUGGAUGGAUAAAUAUUGGUACUCAUAAGCCUAUAAUAAUUGAUAUAGUAAAACAAAGACAUACUGCUUUUGUUAUGGCAUUAAUGAAUGCAUUCGAGAACAUAGGAUCUUCAAUUAUAGGCACUUUUUUUUUGUCAUUUUUGUUAAAUCGUUAUAAUUAUAUUGAUAAAAAGAAAGCAAACAAUUUCAGUGAUAUAAAUGUUAAUAAACAUAAUGUUAAUGCUUUAUCAGAUGUUUUAUUAAUUCUUACAUGUUUUCCUUGGUUAUUGUCUUUUUGUCUUUUGUAUAUUCUCAAAUUUACAUAUAAAAAAGAUAAAUUAUACAAUAAUAUAAUUUAA